CCGGGAUGAUAGUGCCGUUAGUUGUCGAAGAAAGCGUUUUCCUCCUGCAAAAGGGGGGAGACCUUGUGGAAUACUGAUAAUGAGCAGCACACGACGUAUCUGCAUCUCCGCCCUGACGGCAACGUGCUACCUGUCCGUCAUCAAUGCCCUGAACCUUCUCGACCUGUCCACUCAAAGAUGGACUCUCUCCAGCCCAGCGCUCAACAUAUCGGUGCGCGGAAAGGUGCCUUCUCAAGUUCAUCUCGACCUGUUCGAGGCGGGAGUAAUCGGUGAUCCGUAUUACGGCCUAAAUGACUUCAACCUCCGCUGGAUCGCUUGGAACGACUGGGUAUACACCGCAAACCUAGCAGGGCUCAACACCACCCCCACCACUCACUCCUUCCUCCUCUUCAACGGCCUCGACACCUUCGCCAACAUCUCCCUCUGCGGCCUUCCCGUAGCCUACACCACCAACCAAUUCCGCCAAUACCUCUUCAACAUCACCUCCAUCCUCAGCACAUCCCCAUCAUGCAUUUCCAGUCCCAACUCUAACUCUACCUCCAGCCCCAACCCAGGACCAGAACGAGGGCCAGAACUCCGCAUCCACUUCCCCAGCAUCCCCCUCACCGCCUCAACCAUCGCCUCACGCCCCAACCAAUCCACCUGGCCCGCCCACGUCCAAAUCCAGUUCGAGUUUCCCAACCGCCACUUUGUUCGCAAGGAGCAGAGUGAUUUCGGCUGGGACUGGGGUCCGGCGUUUAUGCCUACGGGGGUGUGGCAGAAGGCGUGGGUGGUGCAACUUGAACAACCACAACAACAACAAAGCCCGCCGACGACGACAACGGCGACGAGAGAGAUUCAUGUCCGGAACUCGUUGUUGGAUAUUUAUCGGGAGGGCCAACUGCCGAAUCUGCCGCCAGACCAGGAGAGGGAUUGGGUGUUGAAAGUUGGGUUGGAUGUGGUGGGGGUGGUGCCGGUUGGGACGGGGAUGAGGUAUGGGGUUGUUGAGACGGAUGGUGGGAAGAGGAGGACUGUUAGUGAGGGUGCGUUGGUGAAUGUGAGUGUCUCGGGUGCUGGUGAUAAGAUUGAGGGGAGUGUGGUCUUGGAUGGGAGAGGGUAUAGGUUGUGGUGGCCGAAUGGGUUGGGGGAACAGAGUCUUUAUGAUGUGGAGAUAACGGUUGUUGAUCCUUCUGGUGGGAUAUUGGCAGAGGUGAGAAAGACAACUGGGUUUCGAACUGUUGUGAUGAACAUGGGUGCAGUCACGGAGGAGGAGAUGGGGAAUGGAGUUGCUAAUGGAAGUCAUUGGCACUUUGAGGUCAAUGGGCAUCCCUUCUACGCCAAGGGCAGCAACUUCAUCCCACCGGACGCUUUUUGGCCACGGGUAACUCCGGCUCGAAUCAAGCAACUCUUCGAUGCCGUCGUCUCUGGCAACCAGAAUAUGCUCCGCCUCUGGUCCAGUGGUGCCUAUGCCCCGGACUUCUUGUAUGACAUAGCUGAUGAGCUCGGCAUUUUUCUGUGGAUGGACGUCGAGUUCCUGGAUGAUGUUCGGGAGGAGGCCGAGUAUCAGGUCCGAAGAAUCAACCAUCACCCGUCUCUUGCCAUCUGGGCGGGAGGGAACGAGCUGGAGAACCUUGAACUCUAUCUGGUGAACUACUCAGCUCCAGAGCAGUAUGAAAGGUACAAGGCCGAUUACGAGACGCUCUUCAUCGAUACACUGCUGCCAGCUGUUUACGACAAUAGCCGCGGCAUCACUUACAUGCCUAGCAGCACCAACAAUGGGUAUCUCAGCAUCAACUUCAGCGAGCCAAUUCCCAUCAAGCAACGAUAUCAGAACAAGGGGCCUCGCGAAGUCCAUGGUAACACUGAUUACUACAAUUAUAAGACCAGCCAGGCAUUCAACAUUAGCGCGUAUCCGGUAGGCCGGUUCUCGAACGAGUUUGGCUUUCACAGCAUGCCGAGCCUGGCAUCGUGGCAAAGAGUACUACCAGCGGACGAGCUGUACUUCAACAGCACAACUAUUAUGCUGCGGAAUCACCACUAUCCUUCCGGGAGCUUGAACACUUCGGAUUUUGACCAUAGCUCAAAUGGCAUGCGGGAGAUGACGAUAGCGGUCGAGAUGUACUAUCCAAUACCCAACAAGACGGAUGCAAUCGGUAACUUUUCCGCGUGGAUAUGGUCGACACAAGUGUUCCAAGCAGACUUUUACAAGUCUCAGAUUCAGUUCUACCGAGUCGGUGUGAGAAAACCAGAGCGUCAACUGGGUUGUUUGUACUGGCAGCUCGAGGAUAUCUGGCAAGCGCCAACUUGGGCUGGAAUCGAGUACGAAGGAAGGUGGAAGGUGUUGCACAACGUGGCAAAGGAUCUCUAUCAGAAUGUUAUUGUGGUGCCGCUUUGGAAUGUCACGAGCGGGCUGCUAAGUCUGUAUGUGGUGAGUGAUCUGUGGACAGAGGUAACAGGGAGUGUGUCGUUUGCCUGGUUUGACUGGACCGGAAAUGUGCUGGGUCUGCUGCCAUCUCCGGAUAUCCCAGGAGCCGGGCUGCCAGCACCCCAGACGCUCGACUUUUCGGUGGGUGGCUUGAACAGUACGUUGGUGACACUUCUGGACGUAACGAAGCUGUUCGGGAAUGCAACCGAAGGUGGCGAGAACGAUGCCAGAGGUGCAAUAUUUGUGGCGACGGUGACGGCGAGAGGAACACCGGUGAAUAUGAAUGCCACCAAGACCUUCACGCAUAUCAACUAUUGGACCCCCACGCCACUUGGAAAGGCGGCCCUGGUCGAUCCGGGUUUAAGCGUUGGAUUUGAAGUUGUGUCCGACAGCUUUAUUGUGGAAGCUCGGGCGGGGAUGAGUGUGUGGACAUGGCUGAGUGCUGGGCCAGAGGACAAUGAUCUGGUGGUAAACUUUGAGGACAAUGGUUUUCUUUUGUUGCGAGGAGAAGUGAAGAGGAUCAAGUACCAUGUCCUGGCUGGAGGCAGAGAGGGCUGGAGGUCCCGAGUGACGGUGGGUAGUAUUUGGAAUAACACGUUGGAGUCGUGAUUUGGGUUUUGAAGGGGGGUUGGCGAAGUCUGCUCUUUGUGUUCACGUACUGUGCUGGAUGUGGCCAAACCAGGGCCUCAUCGGUCUUCGGGCCGGGCGGUAUCGAGACGAAACACAAGCGAGAGACUCGAUAACGAUCUUGAUGUUGGGCAGAUGAGAGUCGAAGGGCAACGGAAUAUUCCAUCACUCGGUCGUCCUGUCUCAUCCCUUCACCAAAAGAAUGUCUCACUUCCGGCAAUCGGCACCAUCAAAGCCGUAUUUCCGGAAAAUGAUUUGGCGUGCGUCUCCCACACUGUCGUAGCAGCGGCCCAGCCACGUGGGACGGGAAAUUACUGCGUAUCAGAGCAUGACGAUGUCCUUGCUUUGCAUACUCGGAAUGGACGCGGGAUAGAUGGCAAAUUGGUAGUUUGCCGAUUGGACAUGAUAUCUGGGCUUUCAAAGGUCGGUAAGGCGGCAGUUAUGGAUGUGACCUUGGAGAGGUUGACGACGAC